CAGUAAAACUGCGAAAUCGACUAUUAAAGUUACCCAUAACUCUAACGGCAGCUAAAUAAUUUGCACAAAUUAGGAACUGACCAAACGGGUUUCAUCCCCAGUGAAUCUCUAUUGCUUUAAUUAUGUGACUAGACGAGUAAGCGUAGUGAAAGGAUAUAAUGGUUACACUGCCCUUUGGCUCCUCAGCCGGAGCUAGGCUACAAUGCCCCUCGCCGAAGAGAGGGAUUGUGGGUGUUGUAGUUCGGAGACAGCUGGAGUAGCCGCAGUUUGAAUGACUGCCUCCACAGGGAAUGAUAUUGGGAAAGGAAGGGACGUCACGGUCAAAGACGCAACACGACCUGAGUUAAAGCAUGGGCAGGGCUACUUGCUACUAACUUGUGUUGUGAAUCUGUUUUUUCUAUUGCGAGCUCAGUGACGUAAUUGUACCUGAUUGGACGAGGCGUGGAAACAAGGCACCUUUCUCCCCCUCCACUUGUCCUCCCCCCGCCCCCCAGACGGUGCUCGGAGCCGUGAGCCACAAGCAGUAGGCGUAGGUUCCCUUGCAGACCACUUCUAAAGAUGGCUUUGCGUAUGCGCUUGAUCUUUCCCUAUGCAGUAUCUGGCGUGCUAGCUCUUAUUGGUUGCUGGUGGUUGUUUUCUCGGAAAAAAGAUCAGCGCAGUAAAAAACAUAAGAGUAUAACUGCCCCAUCAGAUAAAGUGCAGGUAGAUGAUGAACAAAAAGAAUUUGUUCUCACACAAGACAUAGUAAGUUGUUUAAGGGAGCAACCUGUGCACCUGAAUAGAACAGACACACCAAAUGCCAGCUCUUUAGCAUCUGAAGAAUUAGGGAAUUUCUUGAUUGAGUGCAGCUCACUGGAGACCAUUGAAAGUGAGCCCAUGACUGAAAAUAUAGUUGAAUGUUCCUUGAAUGAGAUUGUGGAUCCUUCUGAAUGCUAUACCACUGGGAAUACCAAAGCAACUAAAGGCACAGCUGGUUCAGUAGAAGAUCUGUGUAUAUGCUCUUCAGAUUCCACGCAAACUCUGUUAAGCUUACCUAUUGGAACAAAUGUUGCAGUGCCCCAUGAUGAUACUUCGUGGAGCUCUGAGGAAACAAGCAAUAUUUUAUCACCUGGUGAAUUUGUUUGUGAAUCAAAGCUGGAUACUGGUUCUCUAAAAAUCGCUGCCGUGAAUGAAGAGAUUGUUAGUUUGCAUGAACAGACAACGCCCACACACUUAGAUGCUCUGUCAUGUAUAACAGAAAAAAUAGAUAAGCCAACAGAGGAUAAACCAUUACAUGUUGCACCUGUAACAAAUGAAAGUGAAGAGCAGGUAAUUCUGCUGCCUGGGCAGGAAUGCAGUGGUUUAGUUGAGCUUAUUACUACAGAAGUGUGUUCUCAUCCUCUGGAUUUUCCAGAAAUCACUUUAACUGAUGAUUCGAAUGUGCAGUCUACUGAUAAUGAAAGUGUAGAGGCCGAUAUUGAGGAGGUUGAAGCAGUGGUCCAAAUGUCUGUCUCAGUACCAUUUUCUCUGUCAACUAAUGAAGGACAAAUAAUACUAGGGUCAGUUUCAGGAACACAAGAGUUUCAGCAACAAAAUGACUCUCUGCCAGAUACAAAUAGUAUUGAACUAGUGAAGGUUAUUGGAGGUGGAACUUUAGAGCAAAAAAGAAUGGAAGCACUAGAGCAAGAUAAGGAAAACAAAAGGAAUACACAUGGUGGGGAUUCUGAACCUGUGGUGCUGAAAGAAACUGAGCCCCAAGUGCUGGAUCUGCUGCCUACCACCUGUAUUGAGACUGUUAGUGCUAGUACCUUGAGGGAAGAUAAGUGUGCUGCUGUGAUAAGUGCAUAUUCCCAUUGCUUAGAAAAAGCUGAAAAGUUUGUGGCAUCAGGUGAUGUUGUGGCUGACAGUUUAAAAGGGAAUGCAAAACAGAUUUUUGGAGACUAUGAUACAAAAAUGGUUGAGCAGUUAGCAAUAAAUAUCAUUUCCAAGGUUAUUGUUGCUGCAAAACAGGAAAUCCUAUCAGGCAAAGUGAGUGAUAUAUUGGAAAACAGUUGCCAAGAACAGGAUACAGGGAUUGGAGAAUCCCUUCUGCUAGAGACCCAAAGCUCAGAAGAAAGUCAGCAGGUUAUACAGGAGCAAAAUGGUUUGGCUUGUGGCUUACAAAGUGACAGUUUUACUGUAAAUGAUUUAGCAUGUGAGUCUCUACAAACAGAACAGAAGGACGCAGAAAACAUAAACUCAUGCAGUGUAGAUAUUCAAGAUAUUUGCCCAGAGCAACAGUCUGAAGAAGUGGAAUAUAUUGAAAAAGACUUGGCUCACAGGACAAAAAAAGAGCCUGACUUUAGUCCAGUUCAUAAAGUAGUAGAUUCCUUUGAUGAAGUUCAUGAAAUCAUUGAUGACUCAAAUAUAAGUUCCUGCACAUCAGAAGAUGGAAUUUGCAUUGAGGAGCCAUUGCAGAGCACUGUGUUGUCAGGUGUUGGUGUUGGCUCAUAUGAUUCGCUGAGCACAUCAGGUAUCGAAACCACGCAAGAGCAAUUAAGUAUGUCCAGUGACCAAGUUAAAAAAUCAAGUCCAGUGGAAACCAAGAAUUUACCUUACAGCAAUGGGGAUUUGAAGAGAAUGUCCCCAGAUUUAAAAAGUGAUGGUCAGUGGAUACCCGAUAUUGAAGUGGAUCACUCAGGAGGGUCAGAUGUAAAUAGCAUGGACUCGGUGGACAGUGGCUGUGCUCUUAAGACUGAACAACUUCAGAAUGUCAAGCGAGCGGAUGCAAAAAAAGCAGAACUUGUCAUCUGGGAGAUUGAAGUGCCAAAGCAUUUGGUUGGUAGAUUAAUUGGGAAACAAGGCAGAUUUGUGAGCUUUCUGAAAGAAUCCUCUGGUGCCAAAAUUUACAUUUCAACCCUGCCUUACACUCAAGACUUCCAAAUUUGCCACAUAGAAGGUUCCCGGCAGCAAAUUGACAGGGCACUUGUUCUUAUUGGCAAGAAAUUUAAAGAACUGAAUCUCACCAACAUCUAUGCUCCUCCACCAUGCUUAGCCUUGCACUCUUUUCCUAUGACUUCCUGGCUUAUGCUCCCAGAUGGUGUCACUGUGGAAGUCAUUGUGGUCAAUGUAGUCAAUGCCGGACAUAUGUUUGUACAGCAGCACACGCACCCUACGUUUCAUGCGCUUCGGAGCUUGGACCAGCAGAUGUAUCUAUGCUAUUCACAACCUGGAAUUCCCACUUUGCCUACACCAGUGGAAGCUGGAGUUAUCUGCGCAGCACCUGCUGAAGAUAAUGCAUGGUGGAGAGCGCAGGUUGUAGCCUACUUUAAGGACGAAGAAGAAGUAGAAAUAAGAUAUGUUGACUAUGGUGGAUAUGAAAGAGUAAAAGUUGACACACUGAGGCAGAUCAGGUCAGAUUUUGUUACACUACCUUUCCAAGGAGCAGAAGUUUUACUGGAUAAUGUGAUUCCACUUGCAGAAGAGGAUCACUUUUCCACAGAAGCAGAUGAGGCUGCAACUGAAAUGACAAGGGGCACUGCACUGCUUGCACAGGUUACAAAUUAUGAUGGUCCAACAGGACUUCCUUUGAUUCAGUUGUGGAGUAUGAUGGCUGAUGAGGUGGUGUCAGUCAAUAGAACUCUUGUGGAAAGAGGCUUUGCGCAAUGGAUGGACAGCUUUUAAACUAGCACCGCCUGAUUUCUUUUUACAGCCAUUUUCUAAAGCAGCAACACCCCCUCCUUGUACUGUAUUAGGCUUGGCACUCAGUAAUUAAUUUUUUUUUUUUUUUUUCUUCAGUGCUCUCCAGUUUUGCAUUGACUUCAUAUACUUUCUUUCACACGGUCUGUGAAUACUUACAAAAACAGACCACUGAAGGAUUGACAACACAAGCCAUAAUACUUACAGCUUUAAUACCUUCUAGGCUGGUCUUGCAUUAUAAGUUGAUGUGUGCAAUAAAAUUGGCAUCACAGAACUGUACAUUCCUUAUACUGUAAAUGUAGUGGAAUGGACAAUGCUGCAGGAUAUGAAAUCAGGGAUCAAAUGGAAAUGUCAUCAGCUUUCUUUCUGGUGAAUUGUGCAAUUAUACUGCGUUAUUAAUGGUUUAUCUACUGGAGGAGCAAAAGAAUUAUUCCUUCAUAUCUAAAAUUAAGGUUUUAUUUUUGUGUGUGCACAUUUUCUGCAACAUUCUGUCUGCCAAGUCUGGUGUGUAAUUUAUAAUUUUGUAGCUGUGCAAAUCUUUGUAAAUAUAUAUAAUAACAGAUCACUUUAAUAUUUUGUAUUGAAACACUGGAGAAGAAAAAAUGAAUAACAUUUCAUACCAUUUUGGUCAGCUGGUAACAAUUUGUAGCACAGAAUCCUGAUGCAACUAAUUCAGGCUGGUUCUGCGUACAGAUUUCAGCGGUGUGUUCAGAUGUACGGUCUAGUGUUAACUGUGAUCUAUUUGCUACUUUGCUGUACAGAUGUAAAAAGUAACAAAAAAAUGGAAAUAAUAUUGCAUUGGUGUGCUUUUUAUUUCAUAACAGAUUUUUAACAUGUUAAAGUAAUAUAAAUCCACUGGAAACGUAUUGUAAAAUGCUAUUGUUCCCUGGUCCUGUGGAGAACAGGGGGUAUAAAUAAAUAAAGCACUGAGCGGGAAGCAUACAAA